UUCAAAUUAGAUAUUUCGACGAAACUAUAACACAAUAUGACAAGUUUUAGAAUUUUGAUGGUUCUAGCUAUGCUUCAAGUGAUAACUAAGAUCAGUAAUGCAAGUCAUGUCAGCUCAAUUUCUCCAUCUCAUGGAUUGCUCUCCAUAAAUUCUGAUUCAUCAGAUUUAUCGCAAAAUAUCGAUAAUUUUUCAGGCUUGUUUUCUCCGUCAUCUUUAUCGAAUUCAAUUUCUACAACUGCCUAUGGUUAUGCAUCAGAAUCUUCAUCAAAUUCAAAUCUCACUCAGCAAUCGACGACUACAUCAUUACUUUCACCCAUUUCUACUUCUACUCCUGAACAACCAACCAAAUCCACAACAUCGCGUUUAACAAGUACAGCUGCUACGUUAGCGUUAUCUUCUACACAGACUCCGUUACCAUUAUUGGAUACAGUUCUUACUCAAUCUGUAUUAUUGAAGUUACCACGUUCAAGUAUUACACCAUCUACCUCAUAUAUAAAUAACCUAAUAACUUUGCCGAGUUCUAAUCCUACUCUAGCUUCAUCAUCUACACCUACUUCAUUAGAGUCUACGAAUUCAUAUCCUACAACAUCUUCUCCAAUGAAUGUACAUAGUUCAACUCCCAUUCUAUAUACAUCUGAACCAUUCAGCACAACUCUUACUCCUGUUAUAUCUACCCCAUUAUAUUUACCAGAAUCAACACAUAAUCUUGAUCAGCCCACUCAGCAAGCUAUUAAUUUAUAUUUAUCAAGUUCAUCUCCAACUGAAGUAUCUUCUCCUGUGUUGUCUUCAGUACCUUUAUUUAAUUCAAUUCCCAGUUCAGAACUAACUCUAGUACCAGAAUCAGCUUCAUAUUCAAUGCCUGAGAAUAAUCUAAGUCCCGCUUUACUAGAACUUUUUUUAAAACUCAAAGCUUUAUCGGAAACCCAAUAACUUAUUACUCUGUUUUUUAAACACAAUUUCGUAAUAUUUUCUCAAUUUAUUCUAGUCUAACUUCCUUUUUUAUCGUCUAUUCGUUAGUAUUCUAAAAACCGUUUACUAAUUGUAGUACUAUCAGCCAUACCUAAAAGUUUGGAUCGUUUUAUAUUAAUUGAAAAUCAAUUUCAUAUUAUGUAUAUAUGCAUGAAUAAUAAUUUAUUUUACUUUUAUAACCAUAAUUUAAUAAAAAAUACUAUAAGUUAUAACUAAUUAAAAGUCAUGUAUUGAUGGUCGAUGAGAAAUUUUUAUAGAAAAAACAAUAAUCAUUUAAAAAAACUAGAAUUUCAAUUCUUCUAUUUGUGUGUGUGUGUUAAAUGCGUAUUUUGGUACUUUUGAGGAAUGAUAAUAUAACGUUUUCUAUUUAAACAUUGAAAUACAACACACCUUUAAUAAUAUUAUAAGCUAUAACGAGUUAAAAAAAUGAAUUAUAUUUAUUUAAUUUGACUAAAUAUUACAACUUAAAAGAACAUAUAUAGGUUUAAUAAGUUUAAUCUAUACGUGUUUAGCAGUCAUAAUCCAAUUUCACCAACGUUUUUCAUUAAGGUUCUCUUUUUUUCUUUUUUUUUAAUUUAGAGAUAGUAUAAUAAUGAAUAAUUAUUUUGAUCUAUAUUAAUAUAUUAU